AUGGAAAUAUCAACUCGGCAGACUGGUGAAAAUUUGAAGACACGCAUUGAAGAAGUGUUGGAACUUCACAACACUAAUGUACUGCACGUUUACUCGUGUACAACCGACAACGGUAAAAACAUGCUGAAAUGCGUGUCUGAGCUAGAUAAGUCUCAGCAGUUGGCACUUGAAACAGAGCUCACCAGUCGCGAGAGCGAACAGUCAGCGGAAACUGCACCAGAAGAUUUUGAUGAUGACCCAGAGGAAUGUAAGGAGGACGACGUUGCUAAGCUUGAUAAGGAAGUGGAUGAAAUGUUGGAGGCAGUGGAGAACAUUUUCCUCGAGGGGAAUGAGUCGUGUAUCGCAAUGCUGAAAUGUGCGGCACACACCAUCAACCUGGUGGUAAAAGAUGUUGUCAGCACGGAAGAUGACAUUCUAAAGAAAAUCCGAAAAGUCGUCAAGGCAUGUCGAAAAACAGAGUUUGCCCCAUUUUUCGAUCUGGCGAAGGCGCCACUUCCAAAAACAGAUGUUGAAACUCGUUGGGGCUCCCUUUUCGACAUGAUCAACAGUUUUUUCAAACGUGAAGAUUUUUACAAGGAUUUGGGAGAAAAGUUUUCGGAGAUACAUCUCACAAAUGAAGAAUGGAUCUACAUUAAGGAGUUCGUGAUGUCAUUUGAGCCGUUAAACAUUCUCACAAAAAAUGUUCAAGCAGACAAUCUUGUCUUGGGAGAUGUUUACAAAUUUUUGAAGAUCUGCCAGUUGAAGCUAAAGCAAAUUCCUCCAGAAAACCGAUUUGCUAAAGCAAUUGAAGAAGCUCUCAACACAAGGUCGAAACGCAUGAUGGACAACGAUGCUUUUCGAUCAGCUCUUCUGUUUGAUCAACGCUGGUGCUUCAUGGACUCACCCUAUGUGACACCGGAUGAUAAACUGGCUGCUAUUGAGCACAUGCUGAAAGCUAGCAACAUAUCAAAAUCGUUCAAACCGGCUCCCCUCGAAGAAAUGAAUCCCGAUGCGACCCGCUUCAAUCCAUCUGUCUCCGCCGAAGACGAUUUAGAGGCAUUGCUGGAAGAAGAAUGCAAAUAA